CUCAGAUCUGGCACCGGAGAAGUCAGUGGAGUCAGUCCUGCUUUCUGCUUCCUUCAACAUGCAUCCAAGCAGACCCACAGUCCGGCAGUGACAAGUGCUUCCGAGGGUGGAGAGAGUUUCUCCGUUUUAGCGAGUGGGCUGUGCGUAAAGAGCGAAAACAAGGACAAAGUGCGCGUAAUUCUCUUCUCUCCGCUGGGAGCUAGAAACGGGCGGAGUUAAGCCUUUCUGGAGGAGUCUUUUUUAUUAUUAUUAUCAUUAAAAGGGAAAUAUUCAGACUUUUCCCCGACAUGGAGUACACGUCCUCCCCGAAACCGCAGCUCUCAUCCCGGGCGAAUGCUUUCUCCAUAGCCGCCCUGAUGUCCAGCGGGAAGCCCAGCAAAGAAAAGGAGACGGAGGAGAACACCAUCAAGCCUCUCGGUAAGGAUGGAAAACAGAAAAAGAAAACUGUAAACGAGCUGCUGUCAGGUGUGUGAGAUUACGGUUGUCAAAGAUUAUUUCACGCAAAAAUCCAGAGAGGUAAUGAAGGACGAGGAGGAGGUGUAACCUUACUGAGAGGAGGCAGACAGGGCCGCUGCAAACAGAGUACAUGUACCUUUAACAAGUGAAAUAUCCUUUAUGGUAUUUUGGUAAAAGCUGAGAGACAACAAGAAUGUAUUGUUCUAAUUGUAGGGGUGCUUUAAGAAGAGAAAAAGGCAAAAACAAGGUGGAGACUUUAGAUCAAAGUGAAUGAGCAGGCCUGAGCUGUAUCGUGCGUAAUUCUUCUGUUUGUAUAAUCCCUGUUUUAACUCUAAUAAAGAAAUCUCCUUAAAAUGACAACACUAGAGAAACGAGUGUGGUUAAACUGAUGUCUUUUAAAAUAUAAAAAUAAAAUAAAAAAAGUUAUAUCGUAGGUCGUCUAGUAGUUUGGAAAUUAAUCCAAAAUUAAUCAAAAUGACAAAUGAAUGGAAAGGAAGGUUUUACCUGCUCGAUUUUAGUUUCUAUAUUUUGCAAAGUCAAUAUUUAAAUCAUCAGAUCUACAAGGAUUCCGGUAAACAGACAAUUUUGUUUUGGACUGAUAAAAUGUUGGGUAGGCUAUUGGAGCUUUUGUGGUCUGUAACAUCAAAAAUAAAGGAAAUAUCAGUAUUAAUGGUAGUUAAUUUAAUGAAAAUAUCAGGUGGGGCUCAUGGGGAAUAGGAGUCAUGUUAAGAUGCAGUUUUGUCCAGUUUAAAUAAAACACAACAUGGUUUGUGAGGCAAAAGUAGCAAUAAAAUUAAAUUAAAUUAAACACUAGCAAGAGAAUGGCUGUGCUAAUAAACAUAAGAAUCAUUUUUUUUUCUAAUAUGGCUGUUUUUCCCCUUUUAGGAUAAUAAAAUAAACUCCAACCCUUAUCACCACUAACCUUUUAAUGGUUAUAAUAAUGAUUAUGAUCACCUGUGUCCGUGAAACCCAACAGAGCAGUUCGUGGAGAAGUCCUCCUGUAACCAGCAGUCCCUGGCUGACCUGUCCUCUCUGGACAGUCACGGAGACUUCACCGGGAGCGCGCCCCCGGUCUGCACGGAGCCGCUCAUCCCCACCAAUCCCGGCAUCCCCAGCGAGGAGAUGGCCAAGAUCUCGUGCAGCUUGGAGACCAAAGAGUUGUGGGACAAAUUUCACGAGCUCGGCACCGAGAUGAUCAUCACCAAAUCAGGAAGGUAAACCGGGCAGUUACUUAAUUAUUAAAGCCUAAUUAUAAUUAUCAUUAUUUAUAUAUCAGUGCUGUAUAAUGCCCACUAAGUAUCAGCAUUACACGGCCCUCCAUUCAGAAUUAAGGACAUAGGGUUAUCCCGAUAAAAAAAUCGUUAUUAUAAGAAAUGUUGGAUGUUUUCUCCGAUCAUAUUUGUAUCAUAUAUAACUAGAAAAACAGAUGAAAUAGUUUCCCUGUUUGUCAAAGCAGGUGCACGAUGUAAAGGCUGGACUGACAAUGUGGUCACGCAGUUUUAAUAACCUGGAAUGAGCUCGUGAUGUAGCCUUGGAGAAAAAAAAAAAACACAUUGUACCGUAAUGGUCUGAAUGGUUGAACACAUCAAAAUAGAAAAUAGAUGAUUUUUUUAAUGUUAUUUGGAGAGACAUGACAUUUCGUUGGAUAAGAAGCAUAAAUAAAAUAUCGUUUAUCCGAUUAUGAAUAGUCAAAUAAAACAGAUGAACAAAAAAGAAAAUGUUUGCCUACUAAUCCGAGUUUCCUAAAAGGGACAGGAGAUAGGAGGGGUUCACUUGACAUCAAUAAGCCUGUUCUCAAUAGCAAUGCCAGUCCUGGACUUCAGUGAAAGGGAGGUUUGCAUGCAUAUACUGUAGCUAAAUAUGUUUGAUUAAGGUGUAAUAAAAUAAAAUGAAAUACAAGCAAACUUAGACUGCUAAUGGCUUAAUGGUAAUUGAUUCCGAUAUUAUGAAGCAAAACACACGAUCUUUAUCGAGGUUAAUCGUCCACUGUUUGAUAUUUUAUUUAAUGAGAGCAGGUUUGUAUUUGCUCUAAUGCUGCAGAUGAUAUAAUCUCACCUGUUACCUCUCCAUCAGGAGGAUGUUCCCCACCAUCCGGGUCUCUUUCUCUGGGGUGGACCAGGACUCCAAGUACAUUGUGUUGAUGGACAUCGUCCCAGUUGACAAUAAGCGGUAUCGGUACGCUUACCACCGAUCCUCAUGGCUGGUGGCAGGGAAAGCAGACCCUCCUCUGCCCGCCAGGUAUGCCAUCCUGAACACAGACUUAUGAAAUCCUCUGCAUUACAAUAAAACAUGCUUCAGGUUUGAACUCCGAGGCAGGGUGCUUAUGGUCUCUAAUGGUUUCUUGACUGUUUUAAUGAUGAAAAAUAAUAUAAUAUGAUAAGAUUAGAGACUUGUAUUUGAUGGUGUAUUUAAAUUGUAUUAAAAAUCAAAGUUUGGUUAAAAGCAAAAUAAAACAGUGAGAUAAUAAUCUCACUCUGCCUCAGUUCAUAGGGUUGAUUUGAUUUGAUUUGAUUUGCACAAGGCCUACCUGACAGACAGGCUAUGGCUUGCUUCUGUCAGACUAGGCCACUGUGCCCCAGGUGUUUUAUACUGAAUUAAUUUGGGGUGCUGACAAAUGAACGAGUCCUACUUUGACAUGAAGAAAACUCUUGCUGUUAAAACAGAGGAUUUCCCCCUCUUUUUUCUAAGCUUAUAUUGAAACCAACAACUUGGUGAAUAGAAACCAGAGGCCAAAUAGUCAUUGAAACGGCGAAGAUGCCAAUUUGGGGUAUAACCAGAUGGAGCAAACAAUGACAAUCUGCUAAAUUUGAUUAGCCUGUUCACUUAAUUCAGGGGUUUAAAGUUCAAACAUAACAAAUUGGGAAAUUAUUCAGAUUACGUUUUUUUUAGUAUCUCGAUUUAACUAGUCUGUACGAGUCAGUUCUCUCAGAUGUCUCUAAUUUUAGUUAAAAAAUAAAAGAGUAAAUAAAUAGGAAGUUCACCUCACCAUCUCUCCACAAAACGAGAUUCCUGUGUCAGGACAUUAUUUUUCAAUGAAAGAUAAAAAGUGUGUAUGCCUUUAAUGUGACUCUUGUAGGCGAAAUAGACUAUACUUUCCUCUCUUCCGCUGCUGCUUAACUAAAACUUCAUAAAUGCCAAAAUUAAAGGAAAAUAUUAGCUGCUUGAAACGACGUGGAGAGAAGUAGAUUUUUUUUUCUGUGUUGCUACGCAAUUGAAAAACUAUGUUCGAAAAAAAAUGAUUAAAAAAUAUUUAGAUUUUUUAUUUGGUAUUUUGUUAAAUUAUAUAGAAACGCAGAUGCAUUAAAAUUGAAAAAUAAUAUACUAAUAAUAAAUUCAAAAUUGUUCGUUAAAAAAAUAUUGAACGUUACGAGUCAGACCUUGGUUGCUAAGCGACUUGUCAUUUUUCCGUUACUGCUGGAAUCACCCAUACAUUGAUUGGAUAUCUAACGUUCGAUUCGAAUGUUUCUCAGCCAAUCACAAUCCGCCGUUUUUCCUGUUUUUCCCUCGCAGGUUGUACGUCCACCCGGACUCACCGUUUACCGGAGAGCAGCUGAUGAAACAGAUGGUUUCCUUCGAGAAAGUCAAACUGACGAACAACGAGCUGGAUCAACACGGACAUGUGAGCUCCUGUGACUUACUUCUGUGUGUGUGAAGGAAAAACGUCGAGUUUUAACCCACGGAAACAGACACCGACCACCCGUGUCAUGAACGCGUGGUUAGUGAUCCGGUUGAAUCCGGUACAAGAGCUCCGCCUCAAUUUUACCGUCAGGAAGUCUCUAAAAUGACCGUUUUUGAACAAUUACUAUCUGUCUGAACAUGUCAGUGAAAAUUAAAACCGUAGAAGUCGAGCUGUUGGAUCUCCCUGUUUGAUUUGAAGGCAGUUUGACAUUCUGAUUAAGGACAAAUCACUUUUAAUCCACCUUUCACUAAAGGGCUUCAUACAAAUUACAAAUAAAGAAAACAUGAUUUCCUAACCGAUACACUCAUUUUAACUUUAUCCGUUAAUAAGCUAACCGUAAAACAGCCUGGGAAACCUGAUAAUUAGGCUAUUGUCAGUAUGGGUGUGUUUUUACAGUGUCUAAAAAUAACUUAAAGACACUGUAAACACAAAGUAAAAUAAAUAUUAGCACUAAUCUGUGUUUUAAUGUUUUAUUAAACCUUUUGUCAAUUUAACAUUUGUUUAAUUUUGGUAGUAAAUCCUACUUUGGAAAGAGCAGAUUUCAUAGAAAAACUUAGAAAUGUGUGGAAAAUAAAAGUUAAUUAAAUAGAAUAACAUUCACACUGCCUUAAAGUUGUUUUUACACUAAGUGUGGGUCAUAAAAUUCAUGUUAUCAUUUGAUGUAUUUUUUUAAAAGCAAAAAAGCCACCUAAACAGUAAACUAUCAAGUUACUCUAAUAAGGACCAAAUGCAAAGUUACUGCUCUUUUUGUGUUUUGCAGCUUAAAAUAUGAUGAUUGACAUCUAGAAUAAUUUCCAAAACAGCUGCUGUAAUUUAAUAAAUCAUCCUAAUAACGACAUUUAAAAGUAAAGCCUAAAGGAAUGUUUAGAAAAAGAUGAGAACCCAACGAUAGUAGGUAUUUUUCUGAGUGUUGUUUGCUGAAAAAGGCAGCUAACCUGGAAUAUAUAACAAUAAUCUGAAUUAACCUUUAUCUUUCAGCUCAGAUUAUUCUUCAUACUCAUUCAAUCUGCUGUUUUAAUGUGGAAUAUAAGAAAUAUAUAAUAUAAUGCAUAAUAAAACUCUGAAUGCUUCACCUUAGAGACAUCCACAGUAACAAAUAACAAAACAGAAAUUAAUGAAUAUAUCUAUAUUGUUGGAUUGAAAUGUGGUUUUUGCAUAGUAGCAGUAGGGGAGUGUGUAUUGAUACCCAGCGUUGUGAGUCAGUGUGUUUGAGAGGGAUAAAUAUAAAGUGUUUCUGGGCUGCAGCCAGACACAAGUGAUUAUGGACAAAACUCUCACCUGCAGCUGUGACAGUGUUAACUACUUUAUCUGUUCACACAUGUCUCUCUCUAUCUCUCUGCUCACCCGGUUCCUCUCCACAUCCUUAUUAUUCGGCCCCGUUUGUUUAAUCCCUGUUUUUACUGCCUGACAUUCAGUGGCACCAUCAGGCCUCAGUCAGUCUGUAGUGUUGGAUUUUUGUUUGGAUAGUUCAGUAUGCAAAGCAAAAUUUGCAAACCUGCGCAGAGUUCACAGCAAAGCAGAAAAAUGAAGUAUAAUAACCUGCUCGGCAAAAAGAAAAAUCUGAGAAUUUAUACUUGUGAUACAUUUAGGACUCUGUGCAAAUAUUUGCUUGUAAUCAAAGAUCUAAAUUCUAAAUAAUUUUACUGAUCUGACUGUUGUCCCUGUUCAUUCACCCGUCUGCAGAUCAUCCUCAACUCCAUGCACAAGUACCAGCCGAGGGUCCACAUCAUCAAGAAGAAGGACCACACCGCCUCGCUGCUCAACCUCAAGUCUGAGGAGUUUCGCACCUUCGUCUUCGUCGAGACCGUCUUCACCGCCGUCACGGCCUAUCAGAACCAGCUGGUGAGUGAUCAACCAGUAAAAAACGAUCACGUCCCACUUCUCAAUAAAACUCAGUAACAAAAACUGAAGCAAAACGUUUUGACAAUGUAGCUGCACAAUAAAUCCCAGUUUUAGUUGUAUGCAAUUUGUGCAGUUGGAAUAGACAUCAUAAAGAUCUUCAUGUAAAAAAUUAUGCCAUGUGUAAAACCAGUGUUUUAACCUGUUAGAUGGAGGCCUGGGUAUUAUGACCAUGCUAUCACACUUUUAAAAUGCAGUGAAAGGAGACCUCAGCCAGGUGUCUGCAAAUCUGGGGAUGAAAAAACAGGUUAUUGGAUGCAUCUUUCAGGAUAAGCAUGUUGCACAUUCAGGUUUCUAGUAAAAUAUAAUAACCAGCAGUGAGACAAAAGAAACGGGUUAGUUAAUACCUGCUCAUUAAUAUUAAGAUCACAAUAUUAAAUAUUUUAAUCAUUAACAGGUAAAACACAGACGACACCACUAUAGAAGUAGUGUAGUUUGAAACCAGGGUCUUACAGCUUUUAUGUCAAAUCAGAAAUCAAGUUAAUAUAUUUUAUCAGAAAAAAAAUUUCACCCUGUCAAAUCUGCAACAUCGUGCUUUAUUUGCUCCUGAGGAUGCGCCUCGGUAUUAAAACCAAUAAAAGCCACUUAUCCUUUAAACAAAUACAGUAUGAUAUGUAUGCAGAAUUAAACCAGCUGGUUGGUGUAAAUUUGCCUUUCACACAAUUGAACAAAUGCAUACACAGCUGUAAGAUUGAAAAGUUGCAUGCACUUCAAACAGGAUUUGAUCAGUUCUCACACAUUUGUUUUGUUCUUCUGGAUGGUCACAGCUUCUGAAAGUAGAUCAGAUUAAGUUUUUGUUCAUCAAUAAUUUGCAGCAAACUCCCGAUUAUCUGCAUUAGUGAACUGGGGCUAAAAAAAGACAGGAAAAAAAAACUCGUCCUGUGUAUCUAUUUUAAUAGAUAAAGAGCAUUAAUGUCUGAGCUCUGCUGGAUUUAGUCUGUUUGUACUGCUCUGAAUAGUUGUGAGCAGCAGGAAGGUUCAUGUUAUGGCAGGAGGAGAGAGAAGAAAAGACGUGAAUGGAUGAUGAGACGACUUGAGAAUAAAGGAGUGUGAAAAGACUGCAGUGGGGUAAACAAAAGUGGAGACAUUAAUGCUUCUCUCUCUCUCUCUCUGUCUCUCUCUCUUGCUCUCUCUCUCGCUCUCUCUCUCGCUCUCAGAUCACCAAACUGAAGAUUGACAGUAACCCCUUUGCCAAAGGUUUCCGGGACUCGUCGCGGCUCACAGAUAUGGAGAGGUACAGGGGAUUCUGGGUCCUGCACUGUUUGUUUACCAUUGAUAAGAUACUCAAGGAAGUGUGUGUGUGUGUGUUUCUCUGUGUGUGUGUUUAUGUGUGUGUGUAUUUUGGAUAUCCUGCUGCUCAUUAGUAGACACACAGAAGCUGCAGCGUUUGUGUUUGUUUCCUAGUAUUUAUAUCUUUUUCUUUCAUCCUCUUCAACGUCUCGUUUUAUUUUUAUUUGACUUUUUUCUCCUCAGUCUGUCUUUUUUUCUUUUCAUUCUUCUAUUUUCCUCUGAUCUUUUUUCUUUCUCCAUUUUUCUAUCUUUCCUUCUCUGUGACCUCAUCCUUAUGUUUUUUUUUCUCUUGUUUGUGCUGCAUUUUUGUUGUUUUUUUGUCAGCUUUAUACUUUAUUUUAAUUUAUUUUACUUUUUUCUCUCUCACUCCUUGUCUUCGUUGUUACCUCUCAUUUCUCAUCUUUACUUCUUUCUUCUGCUUGUUUUUUGUCUCCUCACCAUCUUUUUUUUCUUUUUAAUCUUUAUUUCCUUUUUAUUUUAUAUUUUCCCUUUCUCAUCCGCCCUUUUUUGUUUUAUCCUUUUACCAUCUUUCCUCCUUUUCCUUUAUUUUAUUUUCUUUUCUUCUGUCCCUGUUCUUUUUUUAUUUUAUCUUUUAUUCAAUCCAUCAUUUUUGUUUUAAAUUCACUUGUUUCCUUUUUUCCCUUUCUACCUUGCUUUUCUUCAUUUGUACUUUCAUCCUCAUCCUUCCUGCUCUUGUCUCCUUUUUCCUUUUCAUUACUAAUGUUUUCUCUCUUUUGUGUUGUUUUUUUCCUCGUCUAGUCCCUCGUCUCUUCCUCCUUCUUUACUUUUAAUAUCUCCUCUCAAUUAAACCUCUGUCUGUUUAUUUCCUAAAUUUUAAUCACUGCAUUCUCUUCUUUUACAUUUUUCAUUCUUCCUUUCCUUUCUCUGCCUCUCCUGCUGCAUUAUUUGUCAAUAUAUAAUAUUUUUGUUUUGUGUAACUUUCUAUUUUGUGCCUGACACAGACUCAUCACACACACAAACAAACACACACUCUCACAGCUACACAUUCCCAUUCGAAGGAUUUUUUUAUGGCUGCUGCCGAAACACACACUUCUCGUAAUUCCUGAUUCCGGCACUACGAUCAAAAUCAGCUGACAGAGUCAAACCGUCUGUCCAGUUUCCUUCAAUCAGACGUCCCAAAGCAGAGACAGCCAAGGCCCCCCCCUCCCUCCUCGUCCUCUUCUUCUUCUUCUUCUUCUUGUUCUCUUUCUGUCUUUUCUUUUUGAGGGCUGUGAAUUAGACCUGAUCAAUUGAUCUUCGGGGAGCUGCAGAAAUCACAUUAGUCUGGAGUCGGCCACUGCACUAAAACACACUGUAAUUCAAUUGGCUGCGCUGACUGAUUGAAACCAGCAUGUCCCGCCCCCCUUGUCUCCCCCUCCGUCCCUGCUGUGCAUUGUGGGAGCUCGCUGCGGCCUCUGCGCCGGAGGGGCCCGACGCUGAUAAAAACACACACAUUUGUACUCCUCUGCUGACAGAUAUUGCACUUCCCUAACCUAAUUGGAGGGGCAGCAGAGGAGGGGGCUGCUAAUGUGGACGCAUGGCUCUCAUGAUGCAGACCACUCGCCUGACUGGCCAUACACACACACACACACACAGACAUAUAUAUGCAUGCACACACACACACAUGCACACAACUUCCCCCAACAAUUUGUGUCACUGUGUCUGAGAAGUGCUUUCUGACAAGACUCAAAUGAGCUAAUGCACUUUGUGGGACAGUAAACACACACACACAUACACACACACACACACACAGUAAAUAAGGGUGGGCACACAUUUAAAGACGAGGACAAAAACGCCACAAGGAUUGAAAGAAAUCUGUAAAAAGAGAUUUUUUGUUGUUGUGGAGAAGCAGAAGUGAUCAUAGAAAUCAUGAUUAGAUAUUCAAACCAAACAAUCAGAGAAGUUUGAUCAGAUCAGUCAUGCAACCUUAAAGGGAUAUUCCGGCCCUUUAAUUUUAAGCAACAUUCAUCUCUCGAGGGUGUCUAACUCGGUGUUAUGUUGUGUUGGACCCUAAAUUAAUUUUACGCCGGAAUAUCCCUUUAAAUUCAGCGUGCUCUGUGUUUUAUUCUUUGUUUGCAUCUCUCAAAUGAAAAAAAGAGAUUUAUUUUGGGGCUCUCUCUUCGGCUUCUGCUGCAGGGAAAGUGUUGAGAAUCUGAUCCACAAGCACUCAUAUGCACGAUCGCCGAUCCGGACCUACGCCGGUGACGAGGAGAACCUGAGCGAGGACGGGCACUCGGCGCAUACCAGAGGUGAGCUGCUGUGACACCUGACGGAUCCUCAAACCCUUAACAAAUCAAGAACUUUUACUCUUUAAUCCAAGUGUGUGUCACUGAUUAACUUCAGUCUUGUGUUUCUCUGCAGGGUCAGCGUUCACCGCCUCAGACAACCUCUCCCUGAGCUCCUGGGUCACCACCACCUCCGGCUUCUCGGGCUUCCAGCACCCUCAGACCCUGUCCGCCAUGGGCACCGGCACAGCCUCCCUCCCCCACCCCAUCCAGGGCUCCCUGCCCCCUUACAGCCGGCUGGGUAUGCCGCUGACGCCCACCGCUCUGGCUGGAACCAUGCAGGGCAGCGGGCCGUCCUUCCCGUCCUUCCACAUGCCUCGCUACCACCACUACUUCCAACAGGGGCCCUACGCCGCCAUCCAGGGACUCCGCCACUCCUCCACGGUCAUGACUCCAUUCGUAUGACUGCGUCCGCUGAUGCUCGUCCACGAACCAGUUACUCCUCCACUGCAGCUCGUCACUCCUCAUCCUGUUUGAGUCUUUCCCCUCUGGACUUUGUAAAUAACUCAUCUGCAGACCGCCACUUGAAGACGAUGAGCCUCUGCGGGACCUACGAACCCUUUGGAGACUUUGUACAAAAGAUCGACAACCUCAUUUACAAACUAACGCAAGACGACAAAAGGAGCAUGUUUGGUUUUGGCCUUUGAAGAACAGGAAGCGGAUCCUCAAAUCCUCAACCUAGACUCAUCCAGAAGAGCCUGUCUGACUGAUCGGUCUCCACUGAGGCUCAGAAGAGACGGCAGGCUGUCGCGUGAAUCCUAAAAUAAUGACUUUUUGAACGGACUCGUUUGAUGUGACACUUUGUUGGAUUUCAGCAUAUCAGCGUGGCGAAGCAGCCAUCUCAGCUUCCUCUGUUUUUUUUCAGAGAGGCAGCCAUAUUCUGUACAGAGAGCCAGCUUCACAGUCUAAUGUUCACAGCAAACGAGAAAAAGACGUGUACAGAGAUGUAAAAUCCACAUUUACUCCUAGGACAAUUCUCACUGUAGAGUUAAAAAAAACAAAGUUAUAGGACGCAUGCUGAGCGCAGUAGACAAACUCACUUUAUAUGGAAUAAGACAGGCGUGAAUGAGCGGAUCUGUGACAGCAGAGGGAGUUUUUAAUACACCUGUAAGGCUCGGCCACACCAGAAAUGUCCUCAAAAUUCAAAAUAUAGUCCAAAAAAGUGGGAUCUCUUAAUAUAUAAAACAAAAGAUGAAGUUUGGAGACGAUCUGAGGUUGUAGAGGAAAGUAUGGGGGCUGACCAGGGGGGUAAAACCAUGCAACAAGCUUUACAUACCCUGGCUUUUCUUAGCAAGCUGGCUCUACAGAGUCUAAAGGUCCAGACAGAGAUAUCAAGAGGCUGGUUUUCAACUCUUAACUCUCUCACAUGAAGUUAAAAUCAGCCCUGCUGUUGCAAAUGAAGAGAGAAGUUCUUUCUAUAGAGUCAAUUCACAACAAAUCUGAGUUAGGAUGGAGGUGUUAGAUUGGGUUAAGGUGACAAAAUGCUUCAUACUACACCAGCUGAUGAUCUAAAAAGUAUGUCUGGACUUUAGAGGAGGGUUAAAGCUGUGAUUCAAAGAAAAGAGAUAAGGAGUUUAGGGUUAGUUUCCAUGGUGAUUUAGCCAGAUAGCAUCAUGACCCUGAAAACUCUGGUUUCAGACCCAUCCUCCCCUUCAUGAGACACUCCUCUCAGGAGUCUCAUCUUGUCACAAAGCUGAUAAGUAUUUCAAUCUGUAUAAUUUAACCCUAGAAACACGAGGAUGAACUCUUAGCAGUUACAGAGUUUCUAAACGAACCCUAACAACUGGAUCAGUCACUUUGUCACCAAACUGAUUCUAUAAGCAGGUCUGUGUGAAGAGGAGUGUGUUAUUUUCGUCUCUGGUGUGACCGUGCCUUUAACAGACCAUGAAAUGAGUUCAAAUUUUAAGUUUUAUUUAUAAUUUAGGUCAGAAAUCUGCUUUUUCUGGUGAUAAGAGAAGCAACAUUUUAUGCAGGAGGGAUGACAUCCCUGUGAAAAGAUGAAACAGCAUCUGUGAAGAAACACGAAGUCGGUCUCCUCGGCUGUAUUCAGUUAGCAGCAGGUGUUAGCGAGCUGAUUCACGGCUGCAUCAGAGCGUGUCGACAGGCCGUCCUCACCUGGAAAUAAUGACUCUCUGCUGUCUCAUUUAAAACGGGGGAAGGAAACUACAACACGAGCAGACAGAGCAGAGAGACGGAGCAGCUUCAUAAAACAGCAGCUCACAGAGUCAUCCUCAAAAAUACAUGAACCAGGAAAAAACACACAAAUUAGACAACCACCUGAAGGAAUAUUUAACAUGAAUUUAUUCAUAAACAUAUCAGUUUUGGGUUGAGGUGCUUCACAUCCUGAAAACAAACAUUUCAUCCAGGAUGCAAAAUUCCUUUUUUUCUAUUUCAGAGUUUUACUCUCCUGAAAUUAAUUAUCUUAAGCCUAAAAAAAUCAUUUACUCUUACAGUUAUGCCCUCUGUCGAUGAAGUGAAACAGUAAAAGUAACUGAGAGAUCCUAAUCAAAUAAAUAAGUCAAUAAAUCAACAUCUGAUAUAGAGAAAUGUUUUUAAAAAUCAACAUCAGCCUAAAAAGCAGUGAUAUUUUAUUGUAUCUUUUAAUUUCACGUACAUGCUUCAUAUUUAAAGGAGCAAAAUAAAAGUUAGUUCUUUUAUUUUGCAGGAAAAAUCCAGACUCUUAUAUAGGCUUCCUCAUGAAACAAAAGCUUUAUUUUAGUCAUUAAAAAGGAAGUUACAAAACUAGAAAAUAUUAAAUUAAAAGUAGAACAAAAAAAUGAAGAAAAUCUGCUUUAAUAAGUCUGAAAAACAUGGUUUUUUUAAGUACAUGUGGGAAAAAACCCACAAAUGUGCACAGGACGGUUAUUUGUUGUCUCAUUAAAAAAAAGACACUAUAUUUUAAAUUUAUUAAAAGUAGAACCUGUAUGAAAAAAUUACUCGGAUGAUUUUCCUGUUGUGAAAAUGAUUCAGAAAUAAUUGAUAAAAUGACUCCUGACGGAUUUUUCACAGCGAGGUUUUAUUUAUGUAUCAAUCCAAAGAAACACUCACAGUUUUCUCCGUCAUGACAGCAGCGUUCUGAUGCAGGAGCAGUUUGACGCAGUUUGUGACAAUUUCUGAUUCGCUGUGUGAACAAACGGACGUUCAAAGACCUGCUUCAGCUGGUUGUGCUCACUCUUUAACUCCCUAUUCAGACACAGAUGAUCCGCUCUGACUCCACGUUUAUCAUCAGUGUCAAAAAGUGGAUUUUUAUUUGACUUUUAAAGGCAGUGAAAAAAACACUCUUUAUCUUAGUGAUUUCCUUCAGUGUUGCUGAAUCCAGAUCUUUGUUAUGUUCGAAUGUUGAUCUCCAUCAGUGUCCGCACAGUCCUGACUCACCGCUGAGAAGAACUUGUUUUACUCUUUGUAAAGACCUUUUUUUUCUUUUGUAUGCCGUCACAUGAACGUCACUGAAUGAGAUUGUGUUUGGAUGAUUUUUAAGUGCAAUAUAUUUAUUUUGCUCUCUGGAAGUAAUGUGUAAUGUACCAUGUGGCAUUUAAAAAUAGUAUUUGUAAACCUUGAGAAAUAUAUAUAUCAUCACCUAAACUCUGAGUUUUUUUCUCUCUCUCUCUCUCUAUGGAAAUGUGUACAGUUUUCUUUUUUAUUUCUAAGAACUGCAUUGGAAGAAAUAAAGUCAUUGAAACAGUUUGACACCACGAGGGAAACCGACGUCUGAUGAGUGGGUGAAGACAUUCAUUGAG